ACUGGCGUGGAUGCUGCUCAGCUCCUAUCGGCAGCCACGGACGCUGGCAGCGUUCAACACUACGUCGGACCUCUUCGUGGCCUGGCAAGGGAACAUCGCAGGGUGCGGUCAUGCCAGCUCGCUGCUACUGGUGCUCACGCUCCGUGCGCUGCAGCGGGCGCACGCCAUUGCGCCAUCAGUGACGCCGCGCGGCCUGGUGGACGACGUCACCCUGGACUGGGGCGGCCCACGUGGCGAGGCCGACGACAGCUUGUCCGAGGCUCUCAAAAGCUUCUCGUCGAGCAUGGUGGAGCUCAGGCUGGUCAUGCAGCCGCAGAAGUCAGGCUACCUGGCGUCCCCCAGGCUGAGGGCGCGACUGCUGGCGCACUCCAUGCAGAGAGCGGGCCUCGCGGACAAGUCCUGGGUGCGCAACCUGGGGCACGAGCUCCACGGGCGGAAGGUGCUCCGCACGCAGGAGAAACGCCGUCUGCAGGCCCUCGCGGCCAGGCGAGUGGACUACGACCCCAUCUACGCGGACACCAUCCCGCUGGUGAUGCGCCUGGCCAGCCGCCUCUGGGAGGGCCGAGGCUCCCUGGCCAGCCUGAACGCUAGCUGGUGCAAGCUGGCGGAGGCGAUGCGAGCGGGCACAUUGCCCUGGGCUACGGCGCAUGGCCCGCUCGGGGCCGCGCGGCUCACGCUCGGCCGCGUCGGCUGGACUAUGACAGCAGCGUGGGCCCUGCAGUCCGACCUGGGCGAGGCGCUGCCCAUGCUGCGGGUUGCCCCUCGGGGCAUCAAGGACGCGCUGGUGGAGGGCAUACAGCGCUGGCAGUGCAGGCGGCUGGUGGCCCACCUGCCAGAGGGCCAAUGCGAGCCCCUCUGGCCCAGGGCCAUCCGGGCCAUUGCGUGCAGGGCACGGCCAGCGGCGGAGCUGGGGGCCAUCCAGGCGGUGUGGGCUGGGGGGCGCUUCACCAACGCCUGGAGGCACGCCCGCGGCUACGCUGCCUCUGACCUGUGCCAGGCGUGCGGGGGUGCCGAGGACACGCUGAUGCACAGGUGGUGUGCCUGCCCUGCCCUCAUGGAGCCGCGUGACGACGAGCUGGAGCACGAGGGGCCGUUCCGCAAGCCGAUCGUGGCGAUGAGGCCUGACGGGGCCCCCCUCAAGGCGGCCUGCGGGCCUCUGCCUGGGCCACGCCAGACUGCGGGGAGGGCGGAGAGGCACGCGUGCCUGGCCCCGCUGGCGCAGGCUGGCUUCGUUCGGGUCUUCGUCAGCGACCUGCAGUCCCUGGUCGCGGAGGGCAGCGGCUGGACACCGUCGGCGCAGCCGGCCAGAGCGAGGCAUGCCAGCAUGUGGAGGCAGCUUCACGCGGUCGCGGCGAAGCGAGGUGGGCCGCCGCCGCGGUUCCGCUGGGUGCCUGCCCACCGCGCCCCCCACCAAGCGCUGGGCGAGGGCUUGUGCCCACUGGACUGGCUUGGGAACUGCUGGGCGGACUUCUUCGCCAACCUCGACGCCGCGGUCACCAGGCUGCCGAACAACGCGGCGGAGGCGCUGCACGCGCUGGACUUGCGGCCGCUCGGGGAGGGCGGCAAACUCCAGCGCAGGCAGGUCUGGAGGGGGCCAGCUGCCCCGAAGCUCAGCCUCACGAGGCACGAGUACCAGGUCACCAGCUCCGUCGGGGUGCAGUGCGCCCACUGCGGGCGCGAGGCCUACACGGCCAAGGCAAGGGAGCUGCUGGACUGCAGGCCUUGCCAGCCCACGGAGCUGGGCAGGAUGCGAGCCCGCUGCGGUCAGGGUCGGCCUAUGGCGAGCUCGGCUGCAGUCAAUGCAAGCCUGCAGGCGGCUGAGCGCCUGGAGGGGGAAGAGCUCCUGCCCAUGAGUGGAGCGGCCUCUGCGACACAGGGCCAGAGCCAGAAGUUGACGAUGCAGCAGAAGGUCAACUACCUGCUGGAUGCGGCCAAGGGCACCCCUGCUGAAGGUGCUGCUGGCGCUGCAGCUGCUGGGCAGCCACGGGCGCAGAGGGGGGGCGGCCCGGGCCCCGCCCUGGCCCAGGCCGGGGGGCUCGCCAGCGCUGGGCGGCGCGUGGGCUUGGAGCGGCCGCGCGAGGGCAACGACCACCGCGCCAUCGACGCGUGGGACCGCUCGGGGCCGUUAGAGGCCGCCCUGGGCUUGCUGGCCAGCUCCUGGGUCGUUGAUCUGAUGGGCCAGAGCCUUGCCUACGCGUCCUGGAUGGAGGAGUGCGUCGAGUACGUGUCCAGGAUGCUGGACGAGGAAGUCUACCGAGGCUUCUUUGUGCACAGCAACGCCGAGACGCGCAGUGCGGAGAGGCUGAGGCGGUCCGAAGAGUUCUGUGAGCGUGGCUGGCGGGACGGCGGGCCGUUCAGGGAGUCCCGCAUUGACGAGGCGCUGCAGCUGGAGGGCGAAGACAGGCGGAUCAAGCUCCUGCGGCUGCGCUGCUACCACGCUGCGGCGCGGGCCUUCCUGUGUGACCGUGGCAGUGCGCGGCGCGCUGGGGGGCGGCGAGGGCCGCUCUACUUCGCCUUCUUCGAUCCCAUUGGGCGUAUCCACCCUCUGGACCACAACGAGUCCGAGAGCAACAGCAGCCCCGAGCCUGAUGCCGUGUUCGGCCUCGAGGCCCUGCGCUGCAUGCUGAGGGCGUUCGCGAGCUGCUGGGUGUUCGACCUGCGCGACUCGGAGGCUGCGGAGAGUUCCUGGACUGCCUGGGCGGCGCAGUGCGUCCUCACUUGGCUCGCCAGGCCAGGCAGGGAGGAGACGAGGGAAGAGGCGACUAGGCUUGCAGGCUCCAUAGGCCUGAGGGCGCUGGCGCAGGCAAUGGUCAGGCACGCCUGGCUCAUGAAGGCCGACGUGCGGCGCUUCACGGUGGAGCACCUGAUGGACAUGGCGUCCCUGGAGGAGUGGCUGCACUUCGCCGCCAUGCAGUGGGCCACGCUGGAUGAGGUCUGCCACGCCAUGGAGGCUGGGCUGCCGCGGCCCCAGGGCAUCCGCAGCCGAGGGGUCGAGGCCUUGCGGCGGCUGUGGCCAGGCACCUGGCAGAGUCCGCAGUUGCCGAGGGAGGGCGCCACGCGGGGCGGGCCUGACGACCUGGGCAGCGGCGGCGGCGGCGAGGGCGACUUGCCGCACCCCGGCGCGGCGCCAUCGGGGCUGCCUCCGCCCUCGCACGCGGCCGCAGCGGGGCAGAUGCUGCCGCGGCAGCCAGCGGGGGCGGCUCAGGCGAUGCUGCUGCGGAGGGGAACGGUGGCCCCAGGCUGGCUGACGGAGGAG